AUGGCUUCGACUGCCGCGCUCGAGGCCCACAGGCCCAUUGUCAUUUCUGGCCCUAGCGGCGCGGGCAAGAGCACCAUCCUCAACCGUCUGUUCAAGGAAUACCCCGACAAGUUCGGCUUUUCCGUCAGCCACACGACCCGCGCGCCCCGCGCCGGCGAGCAAGAUGGCCGCGAAUACCACUUCACGACGCGCGAAAACUUCGAGGCCAUGAUCGCCUCGCACGCCUUCGUCGAGCACGCCCAGUUCGGCGGCAACUGCUACGGCACCUCUAUUGCCACCAUCCAGGACAUCGCCGCCAAAGACCGCACCUGCAUCCUUGACAUUGAGAUGGAGGGCGUCAAGCAGGUCGCCAACCACCCUACAUUCCCCCGCCCCCGCUUCCUCUUCCUCAGCCCUCCCAGCGUCGAGGUCCUCGAGCAGCGCCUCCGUGGCCGCGCCACGGACAAGGAGGAGGCCAUUCUCAAGCGCUUGGAGCAGGCCAAGAACGAGAUGGAGUUUGCGAGGGUUGGUGGCAUUCAUGAUAAGAUCGUCGUCAACGACGAUUUGGAGAAGGCGUACCAGGAGGUCAAGGAGUUUAUUGUUGGCGAGAAGGCGUAA